AUGACGAGUCCAUGCUUUGCUCUUCGUCGCGCCGCAAUCGCCUGUAUCCGCCAAAUAAGCCAGAAAGAUCCAGACAACUUCUGUGAAUUCAUGGCAUCAGUGCCAACCACGCCCUCCUACCCAACUAUUUACACCAGUGCAACGAAUUUUAUUGGCAAUCUACCGGGUGAAAAGCCUGCAGUCUCAGCGAUAUCCUCAAUGUCUGCGACUGAGAAGCCUACUGAAGCUGCCAUCCCACCCCUAGAAACAGUGCUUUUUAGUCUCCUGGAUGUGGAGACAGAUUUGAAGUUGCGCAGCCAUUUGGAAGAAGCUAUUUCGAGUCUGCUUCAAGCCCGGGGCCUCAGCCACUUUUCUGGUUGGAUGAGGAGCCUUAAACAACUGUUGCAGUUGACAACCUCGAGGUUCAAUGCAGUUGGAGGGAUUCAAGAGCAGACAGGUUCUUUCAAGCCCCGACGAUCUUCGAAAGAAUGGGUCGCCGAUGAUGGGAACGGUGGCAGUGCGAAUAUACACGCAGAGGAAGAGGUGGAUGAGGAUGACGAUGAGCAGACCUUUGGUGCCAACUCGAAAUCCCGGCAUGAACGUUUUAGCCCUAGCGAUGCCAUCUUCAAUCUACCUCCAAGAUGGCCGACCCGCAUCCUCGCCAUCGCCUGCUUGCGACGACUCAUGUGUCUCUGUCACCAGGCCGCAGAGUUAGCCACAGCUGCCUCUCCCUCCAACACUGCCACAGCUACAGAAAUCGGUCUCCGUAGUCCACAGCUGUCUCGUGACUUGCCACUUACCUUGCUACAGCAACAACAACAGGCGCACUUUGACCUCGCUCUGGCACGCAAACUUCGCAGCAGUCUGACCGACACACCCUGGCUGGUUCUGCAUUUAGCUGAUCUGGUGAGGGUGACUUUCAUAGCAGCCACCUCGAGUAGUGAUUAUCUACGCCGAUUUGGUCUGUUUGCAAUGAAGCAUGUCAUUCAGCUCUUUGCGCCGGUGGUCGAUCCCGAUUCGACUGGAACCUACCUUUUGGAACAAUUCCAAGCCCAAAUCUCUGCGGCCUUGAGUCCAGCUUUCACCACUGCUGCGACCACCAGCAGUGUCGAUGCAUCCCCUUCGUCAUCGUCCUUCGCCACUGUCACCGCUGUUCCUCUCCCCGACAUCACCGCAGCUGCUUGCGAGGUGUGCGCCUGUUGGCUGACCUCUGGUGUACCUCGGGAAGCUGCAGAUCUCCGCCGAGUUCACGAUCUCCUCACCGCUUCGCUUGAAAUCCUCCGCUCUCCACCAUCCUCAAACUCUGCCUCCACUGCGCUCUUCUCCGAGGCCUGUGUGACUCGUCUCAAAUUAGCCGUACUUACCGCCUGGGCCGAGGUCUUCAUUGCUGCGGUGAGGUUUCGCGAAACGGCACUUCAAACCCUACAGCUGCUAUCCAUGUUAGAGAGCAGUGGAAGGGAGAGCAGCAGUGGUGGAGAUGCUCUUGGAGAUAUAGUUCAGCGACAGUUCUUUCUUAUGCUCGCUGGUGGUGGUGUUGGCAGUGGGAAUUGGGCCCAACCAUCGGUCAACGAUGCGUCAAAACUGUUGGAAGUGUUUGAAAAGGAGGUAGAUAAUGAAAGCGAGUUCAACGAGGAGGAGGAAGAUCAAGAUGAGGAGGAGGACGGCGAGGUGUUCCAUGAGGAGAUUGGAGAGUGCAGUGGAAGUGUUGAUGUCAAACGAAAACGUUUUAUUCGGAAAUCACGUCGCACAGUGACUGAGUCACGACACUCCUAUCAACUUCUAUCCCACCUAAUUGGUGAGGAUCUUCCCGAAUUGGCCUCAGAUUGGCUGGCUGCACUGCGCGAUUUCGCACUCAUCAAUCUCCCUGAUGAACUAGCUUUCCAGCGUCCUUCCACCGCGGGAGCGUUUUACGACACACAGACGGGUAUUGAGCAAGUGCGGCCGUUCUACGCACGCUCCUGGCUUGCAUUGCUCGAGGCUGCGACAUUGUGUUUGAAUACGGAGUCAAAAUGCACUUCCAAGUUAUCCUAUUCCGGUCAUGUAGCUACGGAGAGGCUAACCGUUGUCCCCAUGACACGGGACUCCUUCUUUCUUAUUUUUGGCAUAGCACUAGAGGCUAUAUCCGAUGUCAUUUCCAAGCCUCCGACCUCGGUAGUCGCCAAGUGUUUGCGAAUCGUGGAGUUGCUUUUCAUGAAUUCGCAGUCACAGCCCUACUUCUUUGCUUCUACUCCGCAACUUUUGGUCGAAUUGUUGUCGGUUCUGCAUCGAAUCAUCCUUACUCGUGACUCUGUCUCUCUUCAUCUCGCCUGUCUUCGAGUUCUUCACCUCCUCCUUGCCGCGGCUGACAACAGACUCCGUACUGUCCUUGGUGCUGCUUUGAGUUCCUCUGGCAGUGGCAAUGUCGAAGAAGGCGCAGAAGCCAUUCAAAUUUGGUUGGAGACGGGCCAAAGCCUUGAGGAAUUAUUAGCAGUUCCUCUCUGUCCUUGCGCUACCGAUAUGGAAGUUGUGCUGAAAGCUCUCGAACUAGCCGAUGGGGGUUCCAAAUCCUGUUUUGAAGAAUCACCAGAUUCUUCAUGUCGCUUAGUCCUUACUGUAAUGCAAGUAAUCGUCUGUCUCCUAGCUCGUUACCAUCCUUCUGUUUUGCAAUCACCAGUGUCGAAGCAUACUCCAUCUUCAAAAAUUCCACCAGCUUUCCCCAAAUCAUUGGCAGCUGGACACAGAAAGGCACCAGUAAUUUUGGCUAGUGCAAUUCAUGCUCUUACCGCUUUGCUUCGGAUCACCUCACCUGAUGUUCUCUCAAUCAAUCCGGAUAAAAAGGUUUCGGGUGUUUUACCUGUCAUGUGUCGAUUGGUGUCGCGAAUCGCUCAGCUGGAGCUUUUAAAAUCGUCACAAAUGGAAGCUCACGAACCAGGAAUACUUUCAUCGUCAAACUCUACGGGAUUGGACGAAGAGGGUGGAGUAGCGGACGUUGCUAGCUUGGAAUCUACUUCCACUAUAUCUACUGUCGCCGCUUCUACUGCUGUCACAUCUGGUCCGCCAGACCUCGGUACUAUCUCUGCCAACGCCUUUAAAGCAGCCACCACCGCAGAGACGGAUAUCACUUCCACAAGUUCUGGCGCUAAUGAUACCGUCUAUUCUACUGCCAUCACAGCUGCAGAAGCCGCCAAUUUCAGUGCUGCAGGACGUUGCUGUGCCAGUCUCAAUGCAAAACUAGGAUGGAGCCAGGAGCAGGCCUGCCUAGCUGACGCUUUAGUUGCUUUCCUCGCCACGGUAGCUCAACAUCACUGCCGACCUGCGUCCGCUAGUACUAUCGCCUCUGCAUCUGCAGCAGCCGACACUACUACCUCUACUGAUCUUUCUUCAAGCAGUGCUUCGGAGAUGGUGGAUGAUGCAGUGUCUAGCAGCACUUUGCCCUCUGUUAGCCAAUCCAAGAACACAAUUAGUGAUGUUGUUAAUGAAUCUGAGGAUACGCCAGCAUGCGAUUGGCAUCAGCUUGUGAUUGCUUGUCUAUUAACCUUUAUUCAACAUGAUCAUGCUUUUGGAGGUGCAUCAAUAACGGUAACGGGAGAGACAAAUGGAGAAAUUGCGAUAAAGCGCACUGCGAGGUGCUGCCUUACUGCGGCGUGCCUCUCAGCUCGCGUGAUCGCUGCUGCGCCACUGGCGGUGUUCCGCUGUCGUGCCGUGGAGUUCGGCAUCUUUGACUUGCUGACAAGGGCAUGGCGGGAUGCAUCAUUACCGGCGUCGCCACAAGCUCCCUUGAGUGGUGCUACCACCCGUUCUGUUUGUCUCGCUGCCAUUGAAAUGCUCGUCAACCAUCACGAUGCUGAUGUAUUCCACUGGUUGUAUGAACUCUCUUUGGUCACCACCACGACCUCUGGAGCCAUUUUUCCAAUCACACCAGCAACAGGGGAUGUGUUCGGUGAACUACAGUCGCCAAUGUUACAACAACAUGCUCGCCGUCUCUUCCUCGCCAAUCUGGAGGAAGCUGUAUCUGCUGCUAUAGCACUUUCCGUCAAUGUCGUGGACAUUGCCGAGGCCUCAGGACGUCAGAACCUUCUCAUAAUCCUUUUACCCCUCUUCUGCGAUCUGCUCCAUGACACUGAUUCUUUUAGUAGCGAUGACAAUGGCAGCAACGAUGGAAUGAGAGCAGUACGUCAAAUGCUUCAUAGUUUGGCAUUGAAGAACUUGCUUACCCUCGGUUCUCGCUACCCGGCGGAGUUUCGACAUGUGGUGGCGAAGGUUGGUAGUCUGAAACCUAAAAUCGAGGCUGCUGUGAAAGCUUCGACAAAUGCUACCGACGCCUCCACCAGUGCCACUUCGACAAAGAAAGGUACAAUCGCCACGUGUCAGCGGCUGCAACAUCAACAACAACCGAGGGUUGAAAUUAAAUUAAAGACAGAGUUUUCAAACUUCACCUAG